GGUGUUCGGGGCGUUCCGGGAUUGAGGGGUGGUUGUGGUGGUAGCUUACGAAUACCCUCCCGGCUAUCGCUUCAGUGGGUAGAGGGGAUCCCUGCCCGAGAGCUUUAAUGGAGCUGGGUCCUGCCUUCGCGCUGAGGAGCCCUCGUUUUCGAGAUCAGGCCUGACCGGGAUAAGCUCCAGAGAUUCACCAACAAUAGCAAAUUACAGACUGGCUUGGAAAGCACUCCCAUGUUCCAUUUGAUCUUGGCAGUUUAAUGCUGUUCUUGAAGACUAAUUAGUUACACUGGAUAUGCUGCUGUUCUUUACUUUGGGAUUGCUUAUACAUUUUGUGUUCUUUGCCUCCAUCUUUGACAUUUAUUUUACAUCUCCUUUGGUUCAUGGAAUGACUCCUCGGUUUACACCAUUGCCUCCUCCAGCGAGAAGAUUAGUGUUGUUUGUUGCUGAUGGCCUUCGAGCAGACGCACUUUACGAAUUAGAUGAAAAUGGAAACUCUAGAGCACCAUUUAUUAGGAAUAUCAUAAUGCAUGAAGGCAGCUGGGGCAUAUCUCAUACACGUGUGCCAACAGAAUCUCGGCCAGGUCAUGUAGCUCUGAUAGCUGGGUUUUAUGAAGAUGUCAGUGCAGUUGCCAAAGGAUGGAAGGAAAAUCCUGUAGAAUUUGAUUCUCUUUUUAAUGAAAGUAAAUACACAUGGAGCUGGGGAAGCCCAGAUAUCCUGCCUAUGUUUGCCAAAGGUGCUAGUGGAGACCACGUUUAUACAUAUAGUUAUGAUGCUAAAAGAGAGGAUUUUGGUGCUCAAGAUGCAACAAAACUGGAUACGUGGGUUUUUGAUAAUGUUAAGGACUUCUUUCAUCAUGCCAGAAACAACCAGUCUUUGUUUUCUAAAAUAAAUGAAGAGAAAAUAGUUUUUUUCUUACAUUUAUUAGGAAUAGAUACAAAUGGACAUGCUCAUCGACCAUCCUCGAGAGACUACAAGGACAAUAUUAAAAAAGUUGAUGAUGGAGUUAAAGAAAUCGUGUCUAUGUUUAACCAUUUCUAUGGAAAUGAUGGAAAAACAGCAUUUAUCUUUACCUCUGACCAUGGAAUGACAGACUGGGGUUCCCAUGGGGCUGGUCAUCCUUCAGAGACUUUAACUCCUUUAGUCACUUGGGGAGCUGGAAUCAAGUAUCCCCAAAGAGUAUCAGCUCAGCAAUUUGAUGAUGCAUUUUUGAAAGAGUGGAGAUUGGAGAACUGGAAGAGGCUAGAUGUCAAUCAGGCUGAUAUUGCACCAUUGAUGACUUCCCUUAUUGGAGUUCCCUUUCCUCUUAACUCAGUGGGAAUCCUUCCUGUGGAUUAUCUUAACAACACUGAUCUCUUCAAAGCAGAGAGCAUGUUUACAAAUGCAGUACAGAUUCUUGAACAGUUCAAGGUGAAAAUGACUCAGAGAAAAGAAGUUACUUUACCAUUUUUGUUUACACCAUUUAAACUGCUUUCUGAUUCCAAACAGUUCAACAUUUUAAGAAAAGCAAGAUCUUAUAUAAAACACAGAAAGUAUGAUGAAGUGGUCUCCCUUUGCAAGGAGCUAAUUCAUCUUGCAUUGAAAGGAUUGUCCUAUUAUCACACAUAUGACAGAUUCUUUUUGGGUGUCAAUGUUGUUACUGGUUUUGUGGGAUGGAUAUCUUAUGCUUCUUUGUUGAUCAUCAAGUCUCAUUCCAACCUUAUAAAAGGUGUUAGUAAAGAAGUUAAGAAACCAAGCCAUCUCCUGCCUUGUUGUUUUGUAGCUAUUGGCAUUUUAGUAACAUUUUUUCUGCUGAUUCAAGCCUGUCCCUGGACAUAUUAUGUAUAUGGUUUGUUGCCAGUGCCAAUAUGGUAUGCGGUUCUAAGAGAAUUUCAAGUUAUUCAGGACCUCGUCACAUCAGUGUUGAACUAUCCUCUGAGCCAUUUUGUUGGGUACCUGUUAGUCUUUACCCUGGGAAUUGAAGUAUUAGUUCUCAGUUUUUUCUACCGCUAUAUGCUUACCGCUGGACUUACUGCCUUUGCAGCUUGGCCAUUUCUCACUCGGCUGUGGACUCGAGCAAAGAUGACCUCACUGAGUUGGACUUUCUUCUCUUUGCUCCUGGCAGUGUUCCCACUGAUGCCGGUUGUAGGUCGAAAGCCAGACAUCUCUCUAGUGAUGGGUGCAGGCUUGCUGGUUCUUCUGCUAUCCCUGUGUGUUGUAACAUCUCUCAUGAAAAGAAAAGAUAGCUUUAUAAAGGAAGAGCUAUUGGUACAUCUAUUACAGGUGCUGAGCACAGUGCUCUCCAUGUAUGUUGUGUGUAGCACCCAGAGUAGUCUACUCAGGAAGCAAGGACUGCCUCUUAUGAAUCAAAUUAUUAGCUGGGCAACAUUAGCCUCUUCCUUGGUUGUGCCACUACUGAGUUCUCCAGUUCUCUUUCAGCGAUUGUUCAGCAUACUUCUUUCAUUGAUGUCAACCUACCUACUUCUAAGCACAGGGUAUGAAGCUCUCUUUCCACUAGUGUUGUCUUGUUUGAUGUUUGUCUGGAUAAACAUAGAACAAGAAACUCUACAACAAUCUGGUGUUUGCUGUAAACAAAAGCUCACCAGUAUCCAGUUCUCUUAUAAUACUGAUAUAACUCAGUUUCGACAGCUAUAUCUGGAUGAUAUCCGUAGGGCCUUUUUCCUUGUUUUCUUCUUAGUGACAGCAUUUUUUGGAACUGGAAAUAUAGCUUCUAUUAACAGCUUUGAUCUUGCCUCUGUCUAUUGCUUUCUGACUGUGUUCAGUCCUUUUAUGAUGGGAGCCCUGAUGAUGUGGAAGAUUUUAAUCCCCUUUGUUCUUGUUAUGUGUGCUUUUGAAGCAGUUCAGUUGACUACUCAGUUAUCGUCAAAAAGUCUUUUUCUCAUUGUUCUCGUCAUAUCAGACAUUAUGGCUUUGCAUUUUUUCUUCUUGGUCAAGGAUUAUGGCAGCUGGCUUGAUAUUGGGACAAGGCAACUCCUGGGAUGUACUGCCUGGUUAUUUAUAUACAUAUCUGCCUCUCCCAAUAGACUGUGGAUUCUCUCAGAUCCAGGAUUGGAUUUGAAUCACUUACAUGCCAUACGUGCUUGGCACGUAAAAGCAUCAGCCACUAUGUGAUUGUCAUGUCCAUGACCAUCUUUUUGGUGUUCCUCAAUGGCCUGGCCCAGCUGCUCACAACGAAGAAACUCAGACUAUGUGGCAAACCCAAAAGUCACUUCAUGUGAGGUUGCUGAAGCACCGUUCAGCAUCUGGAUCCUGAUUCUCCUUUUAAACUAAAAUCUCAUCAAGGAUUCAAUAAGAAGAUGGAUAUGGAUAUAUAGUAUAUUCUACUCCUGUAAAGAAAAUGGUAUUUGGAAUUCCAAAUUGACAGGUUUUCUGGAACAAAGGAGCUUCUUUUCUUUUUUUUCUAGGUUUUGCAGGCAUGAAAUAGUGAUUAUAUCUGUGGGAAAGCAUAGGAAGGCAUUCUCCUUUUUCAUUUUUUUCCUUUGGCUGGCAGCUCUUCCCAGUGAUGUUGAGAGCACCUGCAGCAAUCUGGUCCCCAACUGCACAACUUCCCACAUACCCAGAGGAGAGCAUAUGCCUGUGGGGGCAGUGCUGAUGGCAUCCAGAGUCAUUGCCGUGGCUGAGCUGGAAGGAAAUCACCAGGUGCCACCGUCAAUAUUUAUCAGUUUUCAGCACUGGUUUUGUUAGACAGUCAGGGUGUAUUAUUUCAAAGGCUUCAAUAGAAAAAGUGUUUGCAGGUAUUUGUCAUACUUAUUUAGUAUGCAAUAAUAGUAUCUUACCCUUUUUAGUGCUAUUUCUCAGGUUUUCUCAGUCAACCAGCUAGAUGCAUGUCUAUCCUUCACUAUUUUUUUUUUUCAUUUCUGGAUUUUCAUGGAAUUUCUGACAAUACAAAAGUAGAAAGUGCUUAGUAUUUCUGUCUUGUACAUAGGAAAACAUUUAAAAUAAAUAGUUUUUAAUUGUAGGCUCAACAUCUGUUACCCCAUAGCUUUUUCAUAUAUUGUUUCUUUCCCUUUGAAUUUCUUUUUACUGUCAUCUAUUAUUUUAACAGGAGUUUAAAAAUCAAUGGUUAAACUUUCUGACAAUAUCAUAAGAAUUCGUAUUAAAGGUGUUAUUCUUUCUGGUUGUGAGAUUCUAGCCCAAAGGCCUAAAAUCAUCAAAUUAGAUUUCCAUUUGUAAACAAAUUCUAAUGGGCAAAAUAUCUUGAGAGCAGUUUUUAUAUGGAUUGUCCAUAAAAUGACCUUUACAUAUCCCUGCGGAGUUGGCCUUUUGCCCAUGGUGUGCCAGUAGCUUUGGCUGAUGCUAAGCUUUCCUGGUGUUCGCCCUAUUUUUAAGAAGUAAUUGCUUUUGAAUUAAGUUAUAGCAUUACUAAUUCACGUUAAUGACUAGGAAACUCUCUAUAAUUUACGAGACUUUUCACAUUGGUGGGGAGUGAAUAAAUACAAUUUAAAAGUCAGAAAUCAGUUUGGCAAGUGUACUUUCUUAAAAUUUCUAUUUAUGAUGAAGUAUAGUUAUAAUUUAUUUGUAAUACUACUUUAUGGUAUACCAGUGAAAGAAUUAUAGUAUAAAAAAGAGGCAUUAAUGUUUUAUGAAAUCUCAAGCAUCAGUUCAUAGCAUAAAAUCUAGCUGGACAACUAGGAAGCUAUGGUAGCAAACAGUGAUGUUGAUGGAAUGAGAAUCAUGAACUUUCAUAUUACCUCAAAGGAUUUUUUUAUCAGUUUUUUUUCACACAUCAGAGAAAACUGACUGUAUAAACACUCAUCAUUGACCUCUUUCUAUGUGUAGUUUUCCCUUUUAUCUUUUCCCAAAUUUUUAUAAAGAGAAAUUAAUAAAUAUUUUAUUACAACAUUGUAAAA